AUGAACACAGCGGACCAAUCAAAAGCCGACUUGGUUGGAUCAUGCAAUAGGCACCAACAGGCAUGUCAACAGUGUGCAAUUGAGCCUAUCCGAGCGCCUGUCAACGUCAUGGAGGGGUGGGACAGGCCGGUCCAAUUGAGUCUGGCCAAGCAUUCUGACAAAUCAAAUCUUCCUAUUCCACGAUUUGAUCGCUUUGUCAACUUGCCAACAGACAAGACGUCUCCUCGUGGGCGGGUGGAGGCGAAAAAAGGUUGUUGA